AUGAUCGUGCUCUUUAUACUCAAUUUCAUCGACCGCAACAACUUCGCAAACGCUCGACUCAGGGGUCUCGAGGCGGACCUCAACCUCACAGAUGUCCAGUACCAGACAUGCAUCUCGAUCUUGCUAAGCGGCUAUGUUGCCAUGCAAGUCCCUUCCAAUAUGCUUCUCAACAAACUCAAGAGACCGAGUUGGUAUCUCUGCGGGUGCGUCGCCGUGUGGGGUCUGAUCUCGGCCGCAACUGGUGCGGUCCAGAACUUCACCGGAGCAGUGCUGUGCCGAUUCUUUCUUGGGUGUGUCGAGGCUAGCUUUUAUCCAGGAAGCCUGCUGUUUUUGUCGCGAUGGUACACGAGAAGAGAGAUGCAGCUUCGAGUUACUAUCCUGAAUGCAGGGAACUUGGCUGCGCAGGGCUUUGGCGGCCUCAUAGCUGCAGGCAUUCUCGCUGACAUGGAGGGAGCCGCUGGCAUCCGCGCCUGGCGGUGGCUUUUCAUUGUCGAAGGGUCGAUCACGAUUGCUCUAGCUGCCGUUGCAGUUUUCAUCUUACCGGACUAUCCUAGCACAACCAAAUGGCUCUCGGAAGAGCAGCGAGAAAUCGCUCAGAACCGCCUUGCGCUUGACCAUGGACUUGCAGGCGGCUAUUCGGAAGAGGAGGAUGUCACUGCCGUCCAGGGGCUGAUAAUGACUUGCAAGGACGUCAAGGUUUGGCUCUUGGGUCUCACGUAUCACACCACGAUCAUGGGACUAAGUUUCGUCUUCUUCUUUCCGACCAUCACAGAAGCUCUGGGCUAUGACCGAACAGUAACCUUAUUGCUGACAGCUCCGCCGUGGAUCUUCGCUGUCUUGGUUUCCUUGCCAAAUGCGUGGCAUGCAGAUAAGACUGGCGAACGGUUUUUUCAUUUCUUCAUCCCAGCUCUCACAUGCAUCGUUGGGUACAUUAUCUCCGCUACUACGACGACGACUGCGCCCCGCUAUGUCUCAAUGUUUCUCAUGACAGUGGGCUUUGCCUCCGGGUUCGUUAUCCUUGCUUGGAUCUCAGACACAAUCCCUCGCCCUGCGGCAAAGAAGGCUGCUGCAAUCGCAAUGGUCAACGCCAUGGGCAAUAUCGGCAGUAUUCCGGGUUCGUACAUCUGGCCAGCAAAGUACGGUCCGUACUACGUUGAAUCCUUCGGUGCAGAGAUCGGCCUACUAGUGCUGGCUUGCACGACUGCACUUGGCUUGCGAUUUUAUCUCCGUUUACAGAACAAGAGACUCGACAGCGAGGACGCUCUUCACAAUUCUCUUGCUGAUAAGACCAAUGCGAAAGGGAUUGAUGGGAGUGGAAAGGACAUCAGCAGUUUCCGAUAUCUGUACUGA